CCCGCCAACCCGGAGACGAUGCGGGGCGCGGACGACCUCGCGAGGAUGUCGCACCUCAACGAACCGGCCAUCCUCCGCGCCCUCGAGGAAAGGUACGAGAAGGACGCCAUCUACACGAGCGCCGGGAACGUGCUCAUCGCGGUCAACCCUUUCAAACCCAUGGACGCGAUGUACGGCGAAGAACAGCGCGCGAUGUACGGCGAAGAACGGCCGGGGGGCUCGGACGAUCGAACGACGCCGCCGCCGACGCCGCCGCCGCACGUCUUCGCGGUCGCCGCGCGGGCGUACGCGGAGAUGACGUCCAAGGGGAAGGAUCAGGCGCUCGUCGUCGGCGGCGAGUCCGGCGCGGGCAAGACCGAGACGACGAAGAUCGCGAUGAGGUACCUCGCCGGCGUCGCCGGGACCGGGCGAGCGGCGUCGUCCGGCGACGGAUCGCGCGCCGGCGUCGGCGUCGAGGAGCGCAUCCUCCGCACGAACCCAAUCUUAGAAUCCUUCGGCAACGCAAAGACGGAGAGAAACGACAACAGCUCGCGGUUCGGCAAGCUCAUCGACAUCGACUUCGGCGUCGACGGCGCGAUGAUAGGCGCGCGGAUACGCACCUACCUGCUCGAGAAAAGCCGCGUCGUGGCGCCCGCAAACGGCGAACGCUCCUACCACGUCUUCUACCGCCUCUGCGCGGGCGCGAACGACGAGGAACGAGCCGAGCUCUCCGUCCCUCGCGAUCCGCUCGAGUUUGAGUACCUCGCCAAGUCCGGCGUCGUGGACGUCGACGGCGUGGACGAUAAACGCGAGUGCGACGUGCUGCGCGACGCGUUGCACACCGUGGGCAUCGACGCGGUGGCGCAGAGGGAGAUUUUCCGGGUCGUCGCCGCGGUGCUGUGGCUGGGCAACGUCGAAUUCGUAAAUCGCGAGUUGGACGGGGAGGACGACGCGUGCGGCGUGGCGCCGGGGGAGGGAACGAAAGCGGCGUCCACCGCGGCGAGGCUCCUGGGCGUCCGGGCCGAUGCGCUGUGCGACGCCCUCUGCACGCGGGUGAUGAAGCUCCCGGGGGGCGAGCGUGUGACGGCGAAGCUUCGGGCAGAGCGGGCGGAGGAAGGGAGGGACGCGCUGGCAAAGGCGAUGUACUCGGCGCUCUUCGAUUGGCUCGUCGCGAGAAUCAACGCGAGCUUCACCGCGGACGGGUCGAACGGGUUAAAGAACGGGGUACUACGUACGAAGAGGGCGUCGAUAAGCAUACUGGACAUCUACGGGUUCGAGUUCUUCGAGCACAACUCGUUCGAACAGCUGUGCAUAAACUACGCCAACGAGCGGCUGCAGGCGCAGUUCAACCGACACCUGUUCAAGUUGGAAAAAGAGGAGUACGAGCGCGAGGGGAUCGACGUCGGCGGCGUGACGUUCGAGGAUAACCAGCUCUGCCUGGAUCUCAUAGAGCAGAAACCGGUGGGCGUGCUCUCGUUGCUGGACGAGCAGUGCGCCUUUCCCAAGGCGACGGAUAAAACCUUCGCGGGGAAGCUCGCGAGCGAGGUUAAAAAUCCGCGCUUCUCCGCCGACAAGCGGAACGCGACGCGGUUCACGGUGUCGCAUUACGCCGGCGACGUCGCGUACGACGUGGACGGGUGGCUCGACAAGAACAGGGACGAGUUGCACCCGGAUCUCGCGGCCGUCGUCGGCGACAGCGACAGGUCCAUGACCCAGGCGCUCGCCGCCGUGAUGCGUAAAGCCGACGACGACGCCGCCGGUCGACAAAACUCAUCACUCGAUUCGAGGUUCAAGAGGCAGGGCAAAGGGAAGGACACCGUCGCCAAGCGCUUCAAGACGCAGCUCGCGUCGCUGGUGGCGAGGCUCGAGGAGUGCUCGCCGCACUUCAUCCGCUGCGUCAAGCCCAACGCCGCGCUACGCCCGGGCGAGUUUGAUCACUCCCUGGUUUUGCAGCAGCUGAGGUGCUGCGGCGUGUUGGAGGUUGUCCGAAUCGCCAAAGCCGGGUUCCCGACUCGCUUCGCGCGGCACGAAUUCGCCGAGCGGUUCGGGUUUCUCCUGCCCCCAACAGGCGGAACGAAAGGGGGGCGGGGCGACGCGGAUGCCACGUGUCGCGCCGUGCUCUCGCACUUUGGCGUCCCCUCCGGCGAAUACGCGUUUGGUAAAACAAAGGUGUUUUUCCGCGCCGGUCGCAUAGGCGCGAUGGAGGACGUACGUCAGCGCACCCUCGCCGCGACGCUGGUCGCUCAGAAGCACGCGCGCGGGCGCGCCGCGAGGGCGACGUUCCUGCGCCUUCGCGACGCCGUCGUCGUGGUCCAGGCGCGCGUUCGGGGAGCGAAGGCGCGCCGCGCGUUUCGUUCCCGAGUGCGGGGUUUUCGCGCGGCGAUUGACGUGCAGAGGGUGUUUCGGGGUUUCAUGGCGCGGCGCGUCGCGUCGCGAGAGGCGGCUUCGAUCGUGGCGUGCCAGAUGGCGGCGAGGCGGUGGUGUGCGAGGCGCAAACGCGCGCGCUGUGCCGCUUCCAACGCGGCAAAGGCGCGGGAGGCGGCGGAAGCCUCGCGAGCCGAGGCGGCGGCGUCAAAGGCUGCGGCGGAGGCCAGGCGCAUCGCCGAGAGGGCCACCACCGAACUGAAGGAGGAAAACGAGCGGUUGCGACGGAGGCUCGAGACGCAAACCGCCCUCGCCGAGGAAUCGCGCCAGCGCCUCAUCGCGUCGGAGAGCGAGUGGAGUGAGGAGAUGGCCGCGUUGCAAACCGCGCUCGCCGCCGUCCGAGCCUCGCUCGAGCGCCGACGGGCCGAUGAGGCUGCAGCCCCCGGCCACGAUGACGCCGCCUUUGCCAAGAAAAUUGAUGUGGGCGCCGCCGCCGCUAAAGGAAGGAAACCCCCGUGCGCUAACCCCCGCGCAAAGAAGAUGGCGGAGGCGGCGACGGCGGUGGCUUCGAUGCAGCGGGAGUUUGAGACCCGCGCGCAGGUCUUCGAGGACGACGCCGAGUUCAUCGUGGAGGUGCGCGAGGGUUCCUCCGACGCGGACAUGGACCCGGAGUUCGAGCUCAGGGAGCUGGGCGCGCGGUUCGAGACGUGGAAGAGGGACUUUAAGGAUCGGCUCAAGGAAAUGCGGGCGCUGCUUCGGCAGCUG